CUUUGUAACGGACUCUAAUUGGGUUGCUGAAAGAUAUUUUGGAGACAAGUCACUAAUUGCCACGUCGAUGGAUUCUUGACGCGGACCUGCAGGAUUGGUCCAAGAAUAAUACAGAAGAAUCCCCCAUUUGGGGAUAUUUUAAACGAACACCAGACCAAACGCAGUCUUAUUGCAUUUGUUGCGAAGCGUAGAUAAGCAGAGGAUGACAUGGGCACAUAGAGAUAUGCAAACAAAUCACACUACUAAUACUACAGCUCCGCUACUUGCUGGUUAGGGUCCUCAACCUCCUACCGUGCGUAUCGAAACUUACAUCACCACCGUCGCACCCAAAACACUCACUCCAAACUCGGGAUCUCAGAUUCCACGCGCCAAGCCAUGUCCAAGGCGCGUGUCUACACCGAUGUCAAUGUUCUUCGCCCCAAAGAGUAUUGGGAUUACGAGUCUCUCGCCCUUCAAUGGGGUGAUCAAGAUGAUUAUGAGGUUGUGCGAAAAGUGGGAAGGGGGAAAUAUAGUGAAGUUUUUGAAGGCAUAAAUGUUAAUAGCAAUGAGCGCUGUAUAAUCAAGAUUCUGAAGCCUGUCAAGAAAAAAAAGAUUAAAAGAGAGAUAAAAAUACUUCAGAAUCUUUGUGGAGGCCCUAAUAUCGUCAAGCUUCUUGAUAUUGUUAGAGAUCAACAUUCAAAAACUCCUAGCUUGAUAUUUGAGUAUGUCAACAGUACAGAUUUCAAAAUUUUGUAUCCAACCUUGACUGAUUAUGACAUACGCUACUACAUAUAUGAGCUCCUUAAGGCCUUGGAUUAUUGCCACUCUCAAGGCAUAAUGCAUAGAGAUGUCAAGCCUCAUAAUGUAAUGAUAGAUCAUGAGUUAAGGAAACUUCGAUUGAUAGAUUGGGGCCUUGCUGAAUUUUAUCAUCCAGGAAAGGAAUAUAAUGUUCGUGUGGCUUCAAGAUACUUUAAGGGGCCUGAACUUCUAGUUGAUUUGCAAGAUUAUGACUACUCAUUAGACAUGUGGAGCCUUGGUUGCAUGUUUGCUGGAAUGAUAUUUCGCAAAGAACCUUUCUUUUAUGGUCAUGACAACCAUGAUCAGCUUGUCAAAAUAGCUAAGGUGCUUGGGACUGAUGAACUGAAUGCAUAUCUUAACAAGUAUCAUCUGGAACUUGAUCCUCAACUUGAUGCACUUGUUGGAAGGCACAGUCGAAAGCCCUGGUCUAAAUUUGUCAAUCCAGAUAAUCAGCAUCUUGUGUCUCCCGAGGCAAUUGAUUUUCUUGAUAAGCUCCUUCGAUAUGAUCACCAGGACAGGCUAACAGCUAGAGAAGCUAUGGCACAUCCAUAUUUCUCUCAGGUAAGGGCAGCAGAGAGUAGCAGAAUGAGGACACAGUAACUAGAUCACAUGUGGAUCGAUAAACUUAUUGCUUUAUAAUACCCUAACGUGCACUUUGGUUACCUUCUGUUUAUUAUAAUAGAGUUGAAUAUUCUUGUGGAGUGUAUCGAUAUUUAUAUGUUUCAGUUGAGAAAUAAUGUUAUUGUAAGUUUAUGAAAAUUGUGAUUAUAUUUGUGCUUAAUUAACUUGGGAUGUCAACCCCACCACCC